CCUGAACUCGUCAUUCUAUGUGAAGCUUUUCUCAAAAGGAAAGUCGCCCUUGACCGCUCGUUCCUCCUGGCCGUGGUGAAGUGAAGGCAUCCUUCACUCGAACACUUUCAUCGCCAUCUGCGCCUAGCGUGAAAGAUCUUCAACAGUAGUGCACAAAACCAGCCUUCGUAACACUCCCAUUUACGCACACACACUCAAUUCCCCAUCGGUUAGCCACCAAAUAUGCAGCACAACACCUACCUUAUACAUUACAUCCGACAAUCCCAUGGCCCCUUACCAUCACCAAGCAAGUCAUUACCUCAGCGCCCAAAAAUGCAACCGCCACUGCAGGGCACAUUCCACGCCGGUUUUCACCCAGGUGCUCGCCUGGUGUACUCUACGAACUUGACGACACCACCUACGUCAAGCCCUAUCCCACAAAACAACACCACAAAUGGUCAGCAACCUUCAACAGCCAAACCUGAACCGGCACAAUACACCUUGGAGGACGGACCGCGCGACGCGCUUGGCACAGCUGCGUACUACAAGAGCUGGGUUUUCCGCAAGAAGGUCAUCGAAGGCACCACCCGGGUGACGGGACAAGAAGCUGAAGCUGAAGCUGGCGAAAACAUCGAUGACAGCGCCGAUGAAAACUACCACAAGAAGUCCAAGCAGGUAGACAGGACGAAGUCACUAGUUUUGAUCUUCAGCAGGACGAACGUGCGCCGAGCAAACGCUCAGCGCAAAGUGAAUGAGAGGAUACAGCGAGCAAAUCGAAGAUCGAAGUUUUUGAGGAACUUAGAACGCGCGGAAUGUUGCUUUGGCUGGGACUAA